AUGGCUUACAACCAUAACAUGUUCAAUGGCGGCAACGGCUCCCCGGUGGUCGCUCAUGGCCAAAGACCUUACCAUCCUCCAAGCGGUGUUCAGGGCUGCUACUCGCCGUCACUUGGAUACCACGUGCAAGCGGCACCUGCCCGUCUUCCGCAAAGGCACGAUGAGGAUGUCUAUGAGGAAACUGUUGGGCUGCAACCCGCGUUUUAUCCGCCUCAGGACCUUGAUUAUCUCGGUCAACAGUCAACCCCCGCGACAUCGUUUACCGCGCCAAACAUGGACCGACGCGUCCUGCCUUCGGGGCUUCCUGCCAUCUCUUCCUCAUUCCUCCCUUCUGUCUCUCAGGACGUGGCUUCCGGGUCCGGCUCCCCCAUCGUACCACCUGUUCCGCAGGUGUGUGAUGGAUUUACUCAGUACCCAGCUGCAAAGCGGGUCCGGCGCCAAGGCUACCAACGGCAUAGCCAGCUGGAUGCUUCAUGGCAUCCCACUAUUGACAACAUCGACGGUUGGCUUACAGCUUCCAAAGAGCCCAGUUCUCUACCUCCUGUAAUCUCCGUCCCCACUGCCCAGUCGUCCGCAAUCCAGCAAUCUAAAUCCACGCCCCGCACUAUCCCGCAUCAGAAAGUCCCAAAGAACACAUCAUCGGCCUCCGGAGCAGUUUCUACAGCACCUACUGUCGAUCCCAGCUCGUCCACGCCAUCGUCCUCAACCGCGAAAACAAAGGGAAAGGCCAAACCAGAUCAAGCCAAAGGAAAGAGGGAAAAGCGCAAGCGGGACGAUGACGCCGGGGGCAAAGACGUGGGUGUCAAGCCCCUCAAGUUCCACCUAAGCAAUGAGUUCCUUUUCCCCGUCCAUGGCGCUCCCAAGGCGCGUAGACGCAAGACUGGGCCCCCCAAGACGUCACCUUCCAACGCGGAAGCGGACUCGGGCCAGCGAUCGUCGUCAUCAAAAGCAAAGCCUCCAGCAAAGAAGAAAUCGACAAAGGAAGAAGUUAGGCGGGAACCUUCGUCUGCAACAGACGAUAACGAGGAACGGACGCGGGCUUCUACGCCUACUGUGGAGGCCAACUCUACCUCGAAGACUACUACGCCACCCGCACAGAUCUCCCCAAGGACCACAGAGGUCGAAACACCUUCCAUAGCUCCUCCCACCCCCACAACGAUCGCCGAAACACCUUUCACGACUGCGCCGACACCUAGUACUGUGGCAGAUGCCCCUACACCUUCCACGGCACCCACCACGCCUUGCGAUCUGCCUGAUGACCUCAAUCCCAAUGAAGUUGACGCCCAUGACAAAGACCCAGAACCCCACAGCCCAUCCUCUUCGACCCCUGCCAAAGAUAUCGGGAUCUCCCUUGAAAGAGCAUUGGAAAUUCUGGAAGGACUCCUGGAGCCGGAGAAGACAGAGACUUGCGACACAACUGACGCUGAAAAGUUUGCCGCGGAAGUGGAUGCUAUCUUGGGCGUCAGCCAGGAUUCUCAUCCGGACGCCGACUGA